AUGGCGUUCCGGCUAUCUCGCGUUCAACGUUUAUACCUGGUGAUCGGAGUGUCGCUGGCGUUCUUCCUCGCAGAAAUAUCUGUCGGAUUCUACACAAAGUCUCUCGCUCUUGUUGCUGACGCCUUUCACUACCUCAACGAUCUAGUCGGUUUUAUCGUGGCCUUGGUGGCUCUUCAGAUAUCAAGCAGAAAAGACUGCCCGAAGGAGUUAUCUUUCGGAUGGCAACGAGCCCAACUUCUUGGUGCAUUUUUCAACGGCGUCUUUCUCCUAGCUCUUGGCGUGAGCAUAUUCCUCCAGUCGAUUGAACGGUUCGUAUCGUUGCAGCGAGUCGAAAAUCCAAAACUCAUCUUGAUAACUGGUUGUAUUGGGUUAGCUCUCAAUAUAAUAAGUGCUAUCUUUCUUCACGAACACGACCACGGGACGCCGAUACCUUCGAAUACUGUUGAUCUUGAGGAGGUUGUUACAAAUAGCACAUCUGAAGUUAAUCGUGAUCAUCGCCAUGGUCAACAACAGCCAAAUAAAAACGGCCACGAUCUCGGUAUGCUCGGCGUACUGAUCCACGUCAUCGGCGAUGCAAUGAACAAUCUGGGCGUGAUCAUCUCAGCGUUGGUAAUUUGGCUAGCCAACUACGGUGGCCGGUUCUACGCAGACCCAGCUGUCAGCAUGGCAAUUUCGUUUAUGAUAUUUAUCACUUCGCUGCCACUGGUUAAAAAGUCCGGGACGAUUCUGCUAGGAAGCGUUCCCAACGGCGUUGAUCCAAGUGACGUCCAACACGAUCUUGAACUCAUCCCUGGUGUUAAAUCAGUCCACGAACUGCACGUCUGGCGCCUCAAUCAGCAAAAAUCGCUUGCUUCUGUGCACGUUCUGCUGUCUGACUGCAUGGUUUCAGAUUUUGUUCGGCUUGCCAACACGAUCAAUGAAUGCCUUCAUAGCUAUGGUAUUCAUUCAGCUACCGUCCAACCGGAACUUGUUGUAUCAUCCACUGCUACUACCGAGAAAUCAGCAACCCUUCAAACUUCGUGUUCGUCGGAUGCAUCGACAUGCCAGGUUAAUUGCGGGGCCAGUUGUGAGGAGUUGACGUUACAUAUACACAUAUACACUGAAAUGACCGACAAGAAAAGCACAAAACCACCUUCUCUCCAAGACUUUAUCGCCCCCCUCACUCUCCCCGACCCAACGCUUUACCGUCUCGCGUAUCAGCUAUCUCAAACGUACAAAACUCUGGCCGCGUCUUCUCUAGAGCAAUUCUUCCCUACUCCAGUUACGCACUUGCCUACGGGCCAGGAGAAAGGUCGGUAUCUGGCUGUGUAUGUUGGAUUGUUCUAUUUGCACGUCGGUUUUAUUGAGUUACCUGGCGGACAGUCUCCUACCGGUACCAACAGUGGCAAUCAUCAUAAUAAUGGCAGGAUUCAGCCUGAUCGAAACCGAGUCCGGCGGACGCUAGAAAAGGCAUGGCCUAUUGACGAGAGGUUAAAAAUAGGCCAUGCAAAGGAUUUGUUUUCGUGGAUUGGGAAUUGUAUUGCCGAGGUGGUGCAGGAUAGUAUGAGGAACGAGAGUGAAACGGACACUUCAACGAGAGAGUUGGUGACGGGGAUUGCGUUUUGUUUCCCAAUUAUGCAAAAAUCUCUCGACGAAGCAAUUCUGAUGCCAACCGGAAAAGGAUUCGGCCUAGAAUCAGACCUCAACCUGCGUCAGGCACUUUUGGAUGGAUACGAAUGCCAUAUCCGCCCUCCUACAACAGAUGAAGAAAAUGGAUCAGAAUCAGAAUCCGAAGCGCAACCAACAAGAUCGAGAACGGCAAAGAGAAGAAGACAUUUCUCUCUCCCCAAACUCAGAAUUGCAGCCAUGACCAACGACACUGUUGCCACGUUUGCUUCUUUGGCAUACAGCAUCAAAUCUCUACCCAACAGCCGCGUCGUCAUGGGCCUAAUGGUGGGUGCCGGAUGCAACGCCACCGUGCCGAUGAAACUGUCCGACCUGCAUACAUCCAAAACAGACUUUAUCCGUGCCCAAAACCCGUCUGCAGCGGAGACUUUGGUCAGCACAGAAUGGACACUGCGGCGUUCUAGCAUGCCAGUGCUUGACAUGAAGCUAGUGACUCGGUGGGACAAGGAAGUCGAAGCGCGUUCCCAGCGACCCGGUUUCCAACCGUUGGAAUACAUGGUUGGCGGUCGAUACGUCGGGGAGCUGGUCCGAGUAAUUGUGCUUGAUUAUUUUACCAGCGUUCUAAAUACAGAUAGAGAUGUUUUGCCAUGGCGGUUGCUCGAGGCCGACGGCUUGACGACGGAUUUCCUGUCCCUGAAUGUCGCUUCGGCUGCGCCGUCGGGUCGCGACGACGAGUCUCUUGCAGCAGAGCUCACGCACCGUCUCCCGUCGACAAAGGGAUGGAUAUGGAACGCUGAAAAGGCUGGGAUACUUCGAACAGUGGCGGCAGCCGUACAAACGCGAUCUACCGCGCUGAUUGCUGCAGCCACUGUUGGACUGCUGUCAUGCACGGGAGAAAUCCAGCUGAAGAACCCAGAUGGUAAUCAAGCGGAGAACACCAACGCCACUACUACUGCUACUACUCCCUCGCCAAAAGAAGGAGAAAGCAAAUCGACAUUGACCUCAUCUCGCCGCGGCUGGAACAACGGACCCGAGGAACUUGUGGUCGCCUUUUGCGGUGGUGUGAUCCAGAAUUAUCCGCAUUACAAGGACAAUAUGCAGCGGCAAAUUGACCGGUUACUUGUACAUGGUGGCCCGCAGGAUGGUGGAAAGAGUAUUUUUCUACGAGAAGUUAGCGAUGGUGGCAUAGUUGGUGUUGGUGUUUUGGCCGGUUCUGUCAUGGGAGGGAUUGAGGGGAUAGUUGGGUCGAAUUUUUAA